AUGUCGCAUUCGAAUGUUACUCAAGGCAUGACGCAUGCCGAUGCCAAUUCAGAAGGCAAGCCAUAUCAUGAACAUGGGGAUAAGAAAGCUCAAAAGGAAGAUCAUCCACAUGUGCAAUCGGAAAAACACGAUGCUCCUCCAUCCGAUGAUAAAUAUUCUACUCAACAUCACGGUCAUGAUAAUCAGGAUAUCAAAGGUAGUACGGGUAGUAGCACGAGCCACCCUGGUGAUCAUAAAAUAAACCAUCAAUGA